AUGCAACGCACCGUUACUCUUCUCCUCGCUGCUGCGGCGGCCUUCCUUCCCCAGGUGUCGGCCCAGAAUGGACGCACCCUCACCGGUUGGGACUGCUGCAAGCCCGCCUGCGCCUGGAAGAGUCUUCUUCAGGGAAGCGUGAGCGGCCAAGUCAUGGUCUGCAACAAGGACGACCAGCCAUACAACAAUGAUCAAUCCAACUCCGUCGCCAGUUCGUGCGGCGAGUCCAGCGAGGGCGCGAACUUGGGUUACCUCUGCUCCGACUACCAGCCCCGCCCUGUGGCCGAGAACCUCGCGUACGGCUUCGCCAUCACCGAUGGCAUUGAAAACUGCUGCAAGUGCUUCGAGCUUCAGUGGACCGAGGGCCCCGCCGCGGGCAAGAAGAUGCAGGUACAGAUCAUCAACGAGGGCGGAAGCGUCUCCGAAAGUGGCACGAGGGACUUUAUCCUCCUUACGCCUGGUGGUGGCGUGGGCCCCAACUCGCAGGGAUGCUCGGCUCAGUAUGGCCUUGACUGGGGUCGUCAGUGGGGAGGCGUCAGCCAGGCGUCCGACUGCGAGAACAUUCCCACCAACAUGCAAGCUGGUUGCUACUGGAGGUGGAACUGGGCCCGUGGCGACGUUAACACCUGGGGCCUCCAGUACCAGCCCAUCACUUGCCCCGAGUCCCUCACCGCGAUCUCGGGAUGCCGUGCUUAA